AUGGUAUUAGGCCGACGGAGCUACAUUCUCCCUACGUUCUUUCUUAUCGCUUUUACCUAUGUAUUCAUCUCAAGUCUGCCGCAGCGCGAGCACUCCAUCCAUUCUCACAACCCGCCUCAAACCCCGCCAAAAUCGUUAAAAGCAGACGGCCGCAUCCAUUGGACGAAACAACCCGAGAAAUGGCCGGUUUCAGAGUACACGCCUCUUCCGACGGGAGCCCCAUCGCCCAUCCCGCAAAUCCAACAUAAUUUCCCCAAGGAGUCGUGGUUUGGUCGCUGGAAGCGAGUGAAGCGACAGGAUGCCGUGAAGGAAGCAUUCAAACAUGCAUGGAAAGGAUACCGGGAGCGCGCAUGGCUACAAGACGAAGUGUCGCCUCUGAGUGGGAACUCGCGCGAGUCCUUUGCGGGAUGGGGAGCUACGCUGGUCGAUUCGCUCGAUUCGCUCGUGAUUCUGGGUCUGCAGAACGAAUUUGAAGAAGCGCUGGAAGCUUUGGACCAUAUCGAUUUCACCACCACACAUGCCGUUCAGAUCAACGUUUUCGAGACCAACAUUCGCUAUCUGGGUGGGUUCUUGGGGGCUUAUGAUUUGACCAAUGGCAGCUAUCCGAUUCUGCUGAAGAAGUCGAUCGAGGUUGCGGAUAUGCUGUACGCCUCGUUUGAUACUCGCUAUCGAAUUCCGCAAUCGCGGUGGGAAUGGACCAGAUCCGCCGAAGGCAUGGGAAUUCAUCCGAGUCGCAACACGAUUACUGCCGAAAUCGGCUCGCUGAACCUGGAGUUCACACGGCUGUCGCAAUUGACAGGCGACUCCAAGUACUACGACGCCGCCCAGCGACUCACCAAUCUUCUCGAAGAAACCCAGGCAUCUACCAAGCUCCCCGGGUUGUGGCCCAUCACUUUUAAUGGCGAGGACAUGAUUUUCUCGGACAACCGAUUCAGCGUCGGCGCCAUGGCCGAUUCCACAUACGAAUAUCUUCCCAAAGAGCAUAUGCUGCUGGGCGCUCAAACAAACCAGUACCGCAAAAUGUACAACACCGCCAUGAACAAGAUCAAAGAUCGAUUGCUCUUCCGCGGAAUGACCGAGGAUGGCAGGGACAUUCUCUUCCCCGGGAACAUCUACACGACGUUCUCGCACAGCCGCGAGAAGAUCGAGCCCCAGGUCGAGCACCUUAAAUGCUACCUGGGAGGCACCGUCGGCAUCGGGGCUAAAGUAUUCGAUCGCCCGGAGGAUCUGGAAAUUGCGCGCAAGCUGACCGACGGUUGUAUCUGGGGGUACGACGUCAUGCCCACAGGAAUCAUGCCAGAGAUCAUGUACGUCUCUCCUUGCAAGGACAUGAACAAUUGUCAGUGGGACAAGAAGCAAUGGUACCGGGACUUGCGCUUUCGACUGGCCAAAGGCUCGGAAGCGGAAGAUACCGUGGCCGAGGCCAAGUCGCUGAUUGAAAGCCACGGUCUUCAGCCGGGCAUCUAUGCCAUUCCGGAUGCUGGCUAUCAACUGAGACCGGAGGCUAUCGAGUCCGUCUUUAUCAUGUAUCGGAUCACGGGCGACAAAAGCCUCCAGGACGCCGCGUGGCGCAUGUUCCGAAACAUCGACAAGAUGACGCGCGCGCAAUAUGGGCACGCGGCGAUUGACGACGUGCGCGAUCCUCAUGCGAAACAGAUGGACUAUAUGGAAAGUUUCUGGCUGGCCGAGACGUUGAAGUAUUUCUAUCUGAUAUUCUCUGAGCCGGACGUGGUCAGUCUGGACGAAUACGUACUAAACACCGAAGCGCAUCCUUUCAAGCGCCCAACACCUUCAGCGUGA